ACCUACGGUCUGGUGAUCCGCCAGGUCUACGACUCGGGCACGGUCUUCGAGCCGGAGAUCCUCGACAUCACGCCGGACGACCUGCGCGCCCGCUUCCUCGAGGGCGUGCGCAACGUGGCCGCCGUGUCGCUGUCCAUCGGCUAUCCGACACUGGCCUCGGUGCCGCACUCCAUCGUCAACGGCCUGAAGAACCUGAUCGCCGUCGCCCUGGAGACGGACAUUGACUUUGAGGCGGCCGCCCGCGCCAAGGAGUACGUCAAGGACCCGUCGAAGUUUGCCGCCGUGGCCGCUGCCCCGGCCGCCGCCGCCGGUGGCUCGCCCAAGAAGGAGGAGAAGAAGAAGGAGGAGUCCGAGGAGGAGGAGGAGGACGACGACAUGGGCUUCGGUCUCUUCGACUAG